UAUACUUCUGGUGAUUAUCAUCGUGACUCCAAAGCCUUUUUAUUUUCAUUGGUUAACAGCCCAGGAUGGGCACCUCUUAAACUGCCUCAGACAGGGGAAAGGAAUAAUUAUAGGGGUUCCAUACGUGGUCACUCAGGAUUGGGACCUACAUUCGGAGGCGGAUAUGACAUUUCCAUUUAUGACAACGCACCAUCCAAUAGUUAUACUUACAGCAACCUUGGCUGGACCUACAGUCCACCGAGCGUUUACAGCUACGGCAGCACAUUCGCCCAAACAUUCCUGGCAGGAACUUACAGGUUCACACCUGACGAAGUAGAAACUUUUUACGAAACAACAUGA